UCUAUUACAAAAGCUGCUGUCAAAAUGUGACCAACUACAACUAACUUAACUCCGUAGAUUUCUUUCUUUUUCUUUCUUCCGGCCAUAGGAGACUGACAAAAUGACUAAGAAGCGUCGUAACGGAGGUCGCUGCAAGCACAAUAGAGGCCAUGUAAAGGCUGUGCGUUGCACCAACUGUGCCCGCUGUGUGCCCAAGGAUAAGGCCAUCAAGAAGUUCGUUAUCCGUAAUAUCGUCGAAGCUGCUGCUGUUCGUGAUAUUUCUGAAGCCUCCAUCUGGGAUUCUUACACUUUGCCCAAAUUAUACGCUAAAUUGCACUACUGCGUAUCAUGCGCUAUUCACUCCAAGGUCGUAAGAAACAGAUCCAAGGAAGCUCGUCGCAUUCGUACUCCACCAGUAAGAACCUUCCCCAAGGAUAUGGCUCGUAAUCAACCAAGAAAGUAAAUAAA